ACUGCCUCUAUUACUGUGAAGGGAGGUGGUAGAUACAAUGGUGCGGCACUUCAAGAUGCAGAUAUUUGGUGACCGGCAGCCUGGCUAUGAUGGCAAAAGAAACAUGUACACAGCACACCCACUGCCAAUAGGACGUGACAGGGUUGAUAUGGAGGUGACCCUUCCAGGUGAGGGUAAAGACCAAACCUUCAAAGUCUCUGUUCAGUGGGUGUCAGUUGUGAGCCUGCAGUUGCUUUUAGAAGCUUUAGCUGGGCACUUAAGUGAAGUCCCAGAUGACUCAGUACAAGCGCUCGAUGUUAUCACAAGACACCUUCCCUCUAUGAGGUACACUCCGGUGGGCCGAUCUUUUUUCUCACCUCCUGAAGGCUAUUACCACCCUCUGGGAGGGGGCAGAGAAGUUUGGUUUGGCUUUCAUCAGUCUGUGAGACCUGCCAUGUGGAAUAUGAUGCUGAAUAUCGAUGUAUCUGCAACUGCUUUCUACCGGGCUCAGCCUAUCAUUGAGUUCAUGUGUGAGGUUUUAGACAUUCAGAACAUCAACGAGCAGACCAAACCUCUAACAGAUUCUCAGCGUGUCAAGUUUACCAAAGAAAUCAGAGGUCUCAAAGUUGAGGUGACCCACUGUGGACAAAUGAAACGAAAAUACCGAGUUUGUAAUGUGACUAGACGGCCAGCCAGUCAUCAAACUUUUCCUUUGCAGCUAGAAAAUGGGCAAGCUAUGGAAUGCACAGUAGCUCAAUAUUUUAAGCAGAAGUAUAGUCUGCAGCUGAAAUACCCCCACCUUCCCUGUCUCCAAGUGGGACAAGAACAAAAGCAUACCUAUUUACCACUUGAGGUCUGUAAUAUAGUGGCAGGACAACGAUGUAUAAAGAAGCUCACAGACAAUCAGACGUCCACAAUGAUCAAAGCCACAGCAAGAUCUGCUCCUGACAGGCAGGAAGAAAUCAGUAGACUGGUGAAGAGUAACAGCAUGGUGGGUGGACCUGACCCAUACCUUAAAGAAUUUGGGAUUGUUGUCCACAAUGAAAUGACAGAACUCACAGGCAGGGUACUUCCAGCACCAAUGCUGCAAUACGGAGGCCGGAAUAAAACAGUAGCCACACCCAACCAGGGUGUCUGGGACAUGCGAGGAAAGCAGUUUUAUGCUGGCAUUGAAAUUAAAGUUUGGGCAGUUGCUUGUUUUGCGCCUCAGAAACAAUGUAGGGAAGAUUUACUAAAGAGUUUCACUGACCAGCUGCGUAAAAUCUCCAAGGACGCAGGGAUGCCCAUCCAGGGCCAGCCGUGCUUCUGCAAGUACGCACAAGGCGCAGACAGCGUGGAGCCCAUGUUUAAGCAUCUGAAGAUGACAUAUGUGGGCCUACAGCUCAUAGUGGUCAUCUUGCCUGGAAAGACACCAGUGUAUGCGGAGGUGAAGCGUGUUGGAGAUACUCUUCUGGGUAUGGCCACGCAGUGUGUCCAGGUAAAAAAUGUAGUGAAAACUUCACCCCAAACCCUUUCCAACCUCUGCCUGAAGAUAAAUGCAAAGCUUGGAGGAAUCAACAAUGUACUUGUUCCUCAUCAAAGGCCCUCAGUGUUCCAGCAGCCCGUCAUCUUCCUGGGAGCAGAUGUCACACACCCCCCAGCAGGGGACGGGAAGAAGCCCUCCAUAGCUGCAGUGGUGGGCAGUAUGGACGGCCACCCCAGCCGGUACUGUGCCACGGUCCGGGUGCAGACUUCCCGGCAGGAGAUUUCACAGGAGCUCCUCUACAGCCAGGAGGUCAUCCAGGACCUGACUAACAUGGUUAGGGAGCUGCUGAUCCAGUUCUACAAAUCCACACGCUUCAAACCCACUCGCAUCAUCUACUACCGAGGAGGAGUAUCCGAGGGACAGAUGAAACAGGUAGCUUGGCCAGAACUAAUAGCAAUUCGAAAGGCAUGCAUUAGCUUGGAAGAAGAUUAUCGGCCAGGAAUAACAUACAUUGUGGUGCAAAAGAGACAUCACACCCGACUCUUCUGUGCAGAUAAAACAGAAAGGGUGGGGAAAAGUGGUAAUGUACCAGCAGGAACUACAGUGGAUAGCACCAUCACACAUCCAUCAGAGUUUGACUUUUACCUCUGUAGUCAUGCAGGAAUUCAGGGAACCAGCCGUCCUUCACAUUACCAAGUCUUAUGGGAUGACAACUGCUUCACUGCCGAUGAGCUCCAGCUACUGACUUACCAGCUGUGCCACACCUACGUGAGAUGCACACGCUCCGUCUCUAUUCCAGCCCCUGCAUAUUAUGCCCGGCUUGUGGCAUUCAGGGCAAGGUAUCAUCUGGUGGAUAAAGAUCAUGACAGUGCGGAAGGCAGUCAUGUGUCAGGACAGAGCAACGGCCGGGAUCCUCAGGCCUUGGCUAAGGCUGUGCAGAUCCACCAUGACACCCAACACACAAUGUAUUUUGCCUGAGAGUCUCAGAAAAGGAACUCAGCUAGUUUGGCACCCCACACAGCCUCCAGAUGUUUCAAAUGCCUACCGCCUCUAGUAGAGCCAAGCUGACUUCAGGUGGUCCUCUACCAGCAGCUCAGAAUAGUUGCACUGAAUCUGUACUUGCAGCACUGUCUGAUGCAUCAACAAAAUUGAGCCAUUUUUUUAAAGUAGUAGAUGUUUCUGAUGCACUGGACAGAAUUUUUACCUCAACGUGCAAAGGCUAAUCAGCCUGAACUUUCUAAAGGACUUUACAAGAAGGGUUUCUAUGGAUUAUUUUGCUAGCUGUGGUGUUCACCGCAUCCCUCUAGUCUUAUAAGAAAGAGUAUUUCUUCUUUCUGUGUUCAUUGAAUGGGGUGUGUGCAUAAGUGAGAGAGAAAAACCAAACAAUCUACUUCAGUUCAGUGUAACUAUUUAUUUAGGUGGGCCCAUAAGCUUUUUAAUGGAGAUUUCUGACUCUCGCCACUGUAAAUGCCUUUAAUGAGCAUUAAUUUUUGAAAGUUUUACAGAGUUUUAUUAGUUUUACUACUUUAUCUUCCUGAUCUCUGCAGACUUGUGCUGGUGCAAGUACAGGCUGCCAGGCAAUUGCACUAUAUUUGGCUGCAGAGUCAAACGGGCAGUUCUCUUUAUUCAGUCGACUUUUGUGAAUGUGUGACAUAAACAGAUGUAACGCAUGUCACAGUGACAGAUAACACUGCCAUGGUCAAAGUACUCAUGUUUCUCCCUCUUUAGAGAAAAAUUAGCUUUUAGUAUUUUUUCAAGUUUUCAAAAGUGCCCAUAUUAUGCUGCUGUGUGAUUUGUUAGAUCUAAAUGAUUUUUAAACUUUUCUCAUAGAAAGUUAACUUUGGCAAUAAGCAUUUUUUAAGGUCCCUCCUUUUCCUCCCCGUGAUGAUGUAGUUUUCUAGAUGAGAUUUUGGUAUGAUUUUAUCAGCUAUUUCUUAUACAUCAUAACCUGGCAAUUUCUGAAACAAUCAGAAAAGACAUAUAUUUCCAUGCCUUUUUAAAGAAUUGUUUUUACUAAUUUUAUAGUCAUAGUUAGCCUGUCACUUUGUUUUAGAAUAAGCUACAACCAGGAUACUUUCCUCUUGGAUAGGCAUUACCAGUCCUUAAAGGCACAUUGAGUGAUGCUGCACUUCCAAAAAUGUACCAGCAUUUAAGUUUUUUUUUUUUUCCCCUGGGAAUCAAGAUUGCUCACACAAUUAUUUGCAGUGCAAUGUUUUUGCUUGUCUUUCAAACUGAAAGAGAUGAUGGGUUUCCUUCCUUUUAAUCAACUAAAACUGUGUAGAACUGGUCGAUUUUUCUUAGUAGAUUCUGGGUUCCACACAUAGGGCGACAGGAUUCCUUUCUUGUCCAAACAAAGGGAGUUGCGUGAAGCAAGCAUCAGUUAAAAUGUAGGGGGGAAAUGUAUUUUGUAUUUAGUGUAGAUAAUACUUUGUAAUGGACAUCAAUUACAUAGAGUCUUGGUAGUUCCAGCUAGUGUUUCCCACUCCACAUUUUGCUGACUUUGCUGUUACUCUGCAUCCUGGAUUGGCAGGAGUGAGAGAUAAAGGACCCAGAGCCACACUUCAUAAGGCUGAUGGAGGUGUUCGGGGCAGGAAGAGACAGGCACAAUGUGGUAAAAACAAUUUUGCCACCUCUGUCUGGAAACUGCUGCUGGGAAACUCUGGAUCAGAUGAUGAAAAGCAUUUGCUUAAACUCAUUAGUUGGUCUAAAUCUCUUAAACUAGCCUUCUCGAAAUCCCAGCAAUAUAAAGCACUGUUUUUCUUCAGUCUUUUCAGCAAACUUGUAAAUACA